CUCUUGUUAAAAUUUUUAAUAAUUACUAUUGCACUAUCAAAUAACAUCAGUUUCGCUUUAAUUCAAUGUAACUCCUCUCGUGUUUCAAAGGAUAAUAUGUCCAAGGAAAAGUUACAGGGAAGUGAAAACAUUAUGUAUGGAAAAAGUUUCUCUAUGAUCUACUGCCGUUACAAUAUAUAAUUUCACGGCCUCUUUGAAAUAUCACCAAAACUAUUUGUUAUGUCGAUGUUCUUUUUAGAGUUUUCUAUAUGUGUAAAGUUAUAUAUUUUAAGACUUCAUGCUUAUGUUAGGCCGUGUUCAUUCUAGCUAUGCGGUAGCGGCCACCUGUGCCUUCCUAACUUACAGGUUUGAAAAUCAGUGGUAAUCUCUGUUGAACCAGUCUUCAACCUAGAAAGUCUUUUUUUGGUUUUGUAUCUUUUGCUUGUUUUUUUUCUUUUCAGAAUUUUUCACAAAAUAUGAGCAAGGACAGUAAGUUAGAGAGGCCUCCCGGUCGAGGCGGAAACGUGGAUCUUAAUGUGGACUUUCGUAGCCUCAGCCUCAAUGAGAGUGACAUGGACACGUGUGAAUCUGGGGUAGAGGUGGGCAGCGUGGGUCAAGUGGUCAACAUAUGUGUACGACUUGACAAUGUCAAUACAAACACCUGCCCCAGGUUUGUUUCUACAGAUGAAGGAUAUGAAAGCAAGUCAAUAUCUUUUACAGACAGAAUCUCCAUUCAGGAGACUGAGAACAACAGACUUGUGACAUCCAUGAGAUCGGUUGAUGUCUUUCAGGUGUAUCAUCAAGAUAAAGAUGGCGACACGGAUCUACAUACUGGAAUCAUUCAAGGACAUACAUCUCUGGUGUUGUUGUUUAUAUCGGCGGCGCCGAACUGUGAGUGGUUGAACAUUACAAAUUUGCUUCAACAGGCGCCCCUCCAUCUCGCUGUUAUUACUCGUCAGGUGAAUAUAGUCCGGCGACUGAUGACGGCCGGAGCAAGGGUUGACGUUACAGAUAUCCAUGGCAACACACCACUUCACAUAGCAUGUCGGGAGGAAUACCAGGAGAUCGUGGAGUGUCUUCUGAGACCUGUGUAUUAUGAGGAGACACUUCUGAACCAGUAUGAUCUUCCAUACCAAAGGAUACCCCAGGAUUUGGAGAAAAGGAACUUCGAUGGACACACAUGUCUUCACCUGGCCGCCAUGUCGACACAUCUCAAAGUUCUUGAACUACUUCUGUCUAAGAAAGCUAGCAUCAAUAUGCGUGACGGCGGAAGCGGUAGGACAGUUCUCCAUUACGCUGCUGAAACCGGAAACAGAAUUCUUCUUCACUUCCUGUUGUCACAGCGCCAUCUGGACAUUUGCUGCAGGACAUAUGGGGGUCUGACUCCUCUUCGUCUUGCUGCAGGGAGAGGGUUCGGGGAUGUCGUUUCCAUCCUCCUCGCCAACGGUGCAGACGUCACAGACAUAGACGGUUCAGAUCAGUCGGAAGAAGAAGAGUAUUGUUCAGUGGUUCUGCUUAAGUUUGCGGAAGGAAAUCUCAAUAUGAUGAAACCUGUAUGAUAACCUUGAUCAACAACGCUUGUAUCAUGUGUUAGUAAUGUACAUUCCUGCUUGAUAUGAAGCUAAUUACAAACAGAGUGGUGAGCGCACUGCUUGAUGCAUGUAUGACUGGUGCACGUGUCUAAAUAUUACAUCAGCUCUUCAUAC